AUGUACUUGUGUCUUUCUGAUGCAUACUUGUCACAAUGCGGAGCUGCGUUUUGACAGAUAUGAUUCAGAACGGUACCACAGAUAGCUAAAGAAAUUCUGACAGCGUGGCCUGAAUGUGCCCAUUUUCCCUCAAGGUACUCUCAAAGAGACGCCGUCAUCGACCACAAAGACAGGCCAAUCCGAGCCAAUAUCGUUGUCUUCUGAUCUUUAUACAGUUCCCCAGCAAUGUUGCGCUGGCUAUCCCUCGCGCUUGUCUUGGCAACAAGCGUCGUGUUCGCUGGCACCACUCUAGAAUCUAAAGAUCCAAGCGAUGCAGUAUCCCAGUGCGGAGCCCGUGCUUGGGUAAGAGCACCCGACAUGGUUCCCGGCGAUGUUAUCGCAGGCGACGUCAGGAUCAAACUCAGUGGACCAUGCACUAAGGUCAAGAGCUAUGUGCUGGGCUUGCGGUAUAAGGAAAAGAUUUUCUGGAGGUUGAGACGGGAAGAUGCGCCAAUUCCGAAAAAACCACCACUCAAGAACAAGUCUGACUACCAGAUCACUGGGAUUCCGCACUACGACUCUACAGAAUUGAAGGCCUACCACGAGUCUCUCAUGAAUGAGACCUUUUGGUCUGUCCACGAGGAAGAACAGAUUGCCUUCGAGAUCAAGAACCAUUUGGUCGAUGCAGAACAGGAAGAUCCAUUGCCAACGACCAUCACGACUCGGUUCGGAAUACUUGUGCCUAAUACCAACUACCCUCCAGGAUUAGACUACCGUCAUAGUAUGGUUGUAACGAACCCCAUGUCGGAGGAUGAUACAAUUUCUAGCGAAUCGAUUUACGAGUAUUUUGUCGAAAUCAGGUUCAGCAAUGGCAGCAAUUUAGUGAACGUUCCAGCGGGGAUGACAGCCUUUACUCCGUCCUCCCUCCCGACUGAAAAUGACGCGCCCCCCUUAAAUGUGUCUUUGGCAAGCUCUUUCAAUAAUGAUCAAUCGGCAGACGCAUUGCGCAGCAAUUACACAGUUGAAGUGUCUUUUCCUGACGGGAGUCACGUUUAUCAAAAUUCGUACAUGAAUAUCACCGCUAUUGUGUAUCGGACGGGAUACACGAAUCGGACGGACAUUCCGGUGAAGUUGUGUGCACAUCCUGGUGGUCCGAGUAUCAUCGAAUGGAAUCGUCAGGAGCUCAAGAACCGAUUACAGCCAUAUUUGCGAUCCAUAUAUGCACUAGUCCCCAUCCAUAAAUCGCGCCAACCUUUUGUGGACUCAUGUCAAAAGAUCAAAUUCGCGGCGGGUCCUGCAGACUUCACUCACGAGGGCUACUUAUCCACCACGUCCUCCGAACCUAUUUCGUUGACCUUCUAUGUGGGACGCGAACAUACCGUUCCUGACUUUUUAACAUACUAUCAGAAGCUGGGGCAUGUUUUCAGUCUGGAUCUCAAUGUCAGGCCCGACCCAUCAGAGCCAUGGGAUGAUGAAUUCGAGAGGGAUCGAUGGGAGAAGCAGACUGUAGGGAUGGAUGAAACGGAUGUUGACUGGAUACCCUUGAUACCUCCCACGGGUCGCCGAACCCUUUGGGGUAACAUCAGAGCGUCUGUCAUCCCAAUGCAGCAACAGGGACCUGUGCGUCAACCCCCAGUACACUACCUCUCAGAUGAAGCUCGCCAACCAGUAUUUGUCAAUUUAUCGGACAUCGCUGAACUUCGUUUGAUGUCGUCCGAGGAACGCGAUCUCAUCGCCCCCCUGGUGGAGCCGUCAUUCAAGGUGUUUGCCAAGGGAGAAGAGAUUCCCAGCAGAUAUGGCAGGCGGCAGCGCAUAUAUGUCGGGGACAGUUGGAUAAACAAAGUAUUGCCGAAGGUUGCUGAAGGCCAGGUCGGCGAGCGCGAGAGAAAUAUUGCGGAAUUUUUCGUCGUGCAGGGUGAAGUUCGGGCUUUCUAAUGAAAUCUUGACGGGUUUGUACUGUAGUGUUUCCAAAGGGCUUUAUGGUUAUUUGACUUCAAC